AUAUUCGAACAACUCGGUACUUUAAAAAGGUGCGUUGGAUUUGUUGUUAAAUCGUUAGUAUCUCGAAGGAUAAGUGCAAUUAUAAUGAAAUCUAUCUGACUUAUAAAAUUAAGAGUCAUGAGUUAAGCUUGGUUUCCGUUUAAAGUGUAGUGCACGAAAUUUGUUAUUGUGUAAAUCAGAAAGAAACCACACCGGAAGAGGCUAUCUUUUCAACAUUCUUCAUGACCUGUGGCGCAUAUUAAUAAUUAAAUUGGCUAGUCGUGUUGUUGCUAAGCUCCCAAAAUGACAGAAGACACCGUUGAUUCUGCUCUUUAUUGCAAGGCGUUCAAUAAAAAGAAAGUGCCCUCAAUCGAGGCCCUUAACAGCGAAAUGCCGGGCAAAUUGCAGAAAGACAGGGGGGAAAAUGAUUUUCAAGACUUUCCUCAACAGACUGAGGCUGAAGAAAUACGCCAGUGCUACGAUUUCUAAGCCGGAUCCUACCUACAAAGUGGCCUAUUUGGGCAACGUGAUCACUGGAUGGGCUAAAGGUGACGGUUGCGUGGAAAAGCCUUUGGCCACCCUCUGGCGGAACUACACUCAUUCUUCUCGACCGGAUGUCCGAAUGAUUUUAGCGGUCAGCGGUGGAGGAUUGAAGGCAACGACCAAAGACCACGGACUGACGGAAUACUGGGCGCAUCGCCUCACCACCUGCGCGGCACCUGCGCAAUUCCCGAGACUGUUCUGUUGGGUGUACAGGCACGAGGGUCGUCGACUCCGCCACGAACUCAGGUGCCACGCAGUUUUAUGCUCGACAGCUGCGCUGGCCAAACAAAUAGAGGCCGAGUUGAAGGAAUCCCUUGCUUUGGCCUUGCUGGAGUUUAAAAGAGACAAGAUUUCGAGGCAGAACGCUAGGUUAUCGUUGGUCAACUCCGUAUACGAAAACCCGACGAUCCCGAGAAGAAAGAUUUUGCUGAGCACUGGACAAACUAACUACAGGCCUCCUUUGGAGCGGUCGAAGUCAGCGCCCAAGUUGACUAGCAUCGAGGAGUUGAUUGAGGAGGAGGAGGAGGCGCCGAAGAAGCCGAGACAUCCAAGUAGAAAGCUGAAGCAUUACGACAGCGCCAGUGCUUUGUUGGAUAAAAGGAAAACUGUUCUGGAAUCUUAUUCCUCCAGACCACAAGUAUUUGUACCUGUAACUGAAAGCUGUGAUGAACCCGCGGUGAAACCAAGGGAAAUUAAGGUGACAUUCAACGAUGAAAUCGUGAAUAUUUCCUUUGAUGAGAAAAGCGAUAUGAUCUUGGAAGAGUUGGUGCAAAGCUCGUUAUCAAACGAUUUUCUUGUUUCUUGCGAACGGGCCUGGAUAUCUGCUUUAGGCGAGACUGCAGACUGUUUGCCAGUGGAUAGCGAUGAAGGUUCUCUGUCGAGUGGGUGCGAAUCAGCGAGCACAGUUAACUCUGAUGCAAAGCAAGAAUCAGCGGAAGAGUCUAUUGUGGAAGCCAAACCCGAAAACAAGAAGACUGAAUUAGACUUUAAAGUGGGCGGUAGCGUGCUGGCGCGGGUACGAAGUUUCGAAAGAAUCGCCAACUCCGAUAUUUUAAAGUAUUGCGGACUGAACACUAACAUGUACAGUAAUAAGUCUAUGUUAGCUCACGAGGAGGUUUCGCUUAUUCCCAUCGGGGAAAGCCAGACUGAUUUCAGUUCGCUUAAGGUUUUCAAAAAGAAAAAUUCCACUGAAAGAGUUGCGAAUCCCUUCAAUGUCGAUGAAAUUGACGGUAAUGGGUCUGAAGAAGAAAAUGGUAGUGCUUGUAGUGAUGAAAGCGGUUAUGAAGAAGAAGAGAUAACCAGUUCUGUAUCUAAUAUUAUUUUAGUAUGAUGUUAAACUUUUUUUUUAAUAAAACAAUUUUUAUUCAAAAAAUUUAAUUUGUUUAACAAUUUUUGAUUCGGCUUUAGUUAGUUAGAGACUGUACUGAUUAUGUUAUCUUGGUUAAAUUACUACUGUUAAAUAAAAUAUAUGUUUACUUUAGGGUAACUUUAGUUUUGUAUAUAUUGUAAAUAGCUAUUUACAAUCUAGAUUACCUACAGAAUAUAAUGUGAUUAUAUUUGUUAUGUAAUUUGUUACCAUUGUAUGGUGUCUUGUUACAAUAGUUUUCUAAAUAUUAUUUUAUAGAAAUUUAUAUACAAUUAAUAAAA